AUCCAUCCUCCUUGCAACUCCAGUGCUGCUCACUGCCACUGCCAGCAGAUCGAGCUGCUCCGUCUCACAAACCCUCUAGCUUGCUUUGCUGCUCCACCUGCAAGUCUGCAACCGCGUACAGAGAUGUCGACGGUGAGCCGUGCGUCCCUCGACCAGAAGCUCGCCCUCGCCAAGCGCUGCUCCCGAGAGGCGACCCUCGCCGGAGCCAAGGCGGCAGCCGUGGCGACUAUCGCCUCCGCGAUCCCCACCCUGGCCAGCGUGCGGAUGCUGCCAUGGGCCAAGGCCAACAUCAACCCCACCGGCCAGGCGCUCAUCGUCUCCACGGUGGCUGGGAUGGCCUACUUCAUCGCCGCCGACAAGAAGAUCCUGUCGCUGGCGAGGCGCCACUCGUUCGAGCAAGCCCCUGACCACCUCAAGAACACCUCCUUCCAGGGCACCGGCCGUCCCCACCCGGCUUUCUUCAGGCCGUGAGACGUGGCCUUCGUCCAGAGCUAGCUACCUACCUCUUUCAGUUCGAUCGUCGUCAGUGCAAAGCACCACCAAUGCCUGAAUAAAUUUAACUACGAGGCUAGCUGCUGAACAUCGAUCUGCUACUGCUAGUAUUACUACGGCGAGGCUGCUGAACAGCGCUGUAGAGUAGUAUUGGUGCUCAGUUCAGAAUGUAUAAUGUUACUUCUACCGAUUAAACUGUUAAAAAACCCUAGUACGCUUAUGUGGUCAAAUACCACUUAUAUCUGUGAGCAGUGUCGCAUCUCUAUAUAAAGGAAUAUGUAUCUUCUCAGAAAGAGGUUAGAGACCCAACUCUACAUACUGUUUUUUUAAUGUGUUUUCUGAGUGUGUGGAUUGCUAGAAAAGAAAACGUGCUUCUACC